GGCUGCCAGAUAGUUUCACGUUUUUGUGAAAUUGCCUUUUUAGCGGCCGCCUGCUGGAUUUUAGAUAUUUAGUUGUGAAAUUUUAAUAUUAUUUGAUUUGAGACUUGAGAGCGACCAUGGACGAUUCCUCAAGGCAGCACAUGGAAGACUUCUGCUUCAUGCGGCCACCCAGCGACGUCCGCACCACCAACGUGCCUGUUGCUACUCCCAGGUCGGUGGCGGACAACAAAUCACGCAAAACAGAGCUGCACGUCGUACGGCUGAGCGAUGAGUCCAAGCAGAUGACCAUGGACACCUUACGGACCAUACACGGGCCGGACUUUAAGCUGGAGGACAUCAGUAAGUACAAGGACCGCGGGAGAGGCGGCCACGGUGUCAAGCAUGCCUAUUGGCAGGACCGUGGCACGCUGAUGGUGCAGAGUGUCCAGGGGGUCAGCUCCACCAGAGGCGAUGGCAGCGACGAGGAUCGCCUUCGCCGCUAUGCCCUGCUCAAGCUGGAGUGCUACGGCUUCCAUGCCGCCCACUGCCUCGAGGCCUACCAGCACUGCAGCAACGAUACGGAAGCGGCCCUGCUGCUGCUCUAUAAGCGAUAUAUGCACGUCCUCGAAAAGGAAAAGCUUAACCUUGAGCCACCCAGCGAGCAGGAGCUACUGGACAUGCGCUCCGAUGAGAAGGAAGCCCUCGAGUCCAUCUACGAUCGGACCUACGAGGAGCGUGAGUGCAAUCGGGUGUGGAAUCUCAAGUUAAAGAUCGACCACCUACUGGCCCAUAGCCCCUCAGAGGUUCGAAAGGCUCGUGAGGCUGCCGCCGCAGCAGCAGCCGCCUCUGUCCAGGCAGCCCUCGACAAGAAGAAGAAGGCGCCGCAGCGGUGUCGCAACUUCGAACGCGAUGGCACCUGUAAAUACGGUCCCAAGUGUCGCUUUGCCCAUGUGCCGGCCCAGCCCGUUCUUCCUUCCACACCAAAGAAAGAUAAUCUGGAUGAGAACGACAACGAGCUGUGGUUCCAUGUGGAGGUGCGCUUUCCAUGCCAUCCAACGGCUUUAGACAUACAUACAUAUGUACAAACAAACAUACACAGAAACGCACAAAUGUACAUAGCAGCAAACGAAAGAGUGGAACAGAGCCUGAUAGAAAAUGUGUCAAAAGCGGGAAGCGAGGCGACUGCCUUCGUGUCCUCUGCCGAGAGAUAGACAACAUACAUAUACAUAUGUACAUACAAUAAUUAUAACAAAGACAAUAAUUCUAGUGCAUUUCUUUGUACAUUUGUAUUGAAUCACGUUUGUCCAUAUGUAUGUAUGUACGUAUGUACGUACCUCUCAUCUGAGGUUAAAAUGGUUGAAAUGGAAUGCAUACAUAUAAACACACCACACACGAAUAUAUAUGGCGAAUGGCAAGGCAAAGCAGAAUCUGAGGAAAUGACAGCAGCAUUCUCAGACGAGAGGACCGUACCGUUCGCACAGCACUGAGAUCCUAUUCGAAGCAAAACACCUGACUUUCUCGUGUGGCGCCGCAGAACCGCAGAGAACAACCGCUCGAAAUAUCACGAAAUCGGCUGAAUAGAAGGG